AUGGAACAAGUGCAAGCGCAGCCUUCAUCCUCCAGCCUGAAAGGCUCCCCUAAGCAGAGCUCUCCACCUGGUCCUACCGAAUGUCUCACGCGCGCAGACGACGCCCCAAAUUCCGCCCCUAUAUCGCAGAAAGAGGACAAUGUUUCGAAAAUCGAGCACUCAGCAACCCUCCCAACAAAGGAAAAAUGGGCCCAUGAGGUGCAAGACGUGGAUCGUCUCGUCCACGCGAGUAGGCACAGUUGGACGGUUGACUUCCAAGAUAUUGGGGAACGUUUCAGAAAAGUAGUUAUGCGUAUUGUUGCAUGGAUGGGAUUAUGGGUGAAGGAAGAUGUUGGGAUGAUACCAAGAAAAGACAUGAACAUCAUCAUUGCUGCCCUAGAGGGGUAUUGUGUCCAGGACGACUGGACAGUCCUCCAAGGGUUGCUACCACCUCGUCGGAGCCUUGCAGACCACUUUGCUGAGGCCCUGAUCCAUAAGGCGAUCAUGGAGAAAGUUUUCUCGAACUCAUUUCAGUACCUUGAUGGGAAAUCAAGUCCUACGGACCAAGCCGAAGACAAAAGCUUUGCCUCGAAGCUUCAAUGCCUCUACGAACGGUUCUUCAAUACCAACCCAAACCUUGCAACGCUAUGGAAAGAGCAAACCCAUCGACUGGCCAACUCGACAUUGCCUGGCAACGCACCAGGCGACCUGAGCUUUGGGAAGGACAAUGCCAAGCGUCUUCUAGCUUGCGCGCCAUCCCUGUCUGAUGAGGUGCUGGCCAGUAAGCCAGUCAGCCUGCUCCUCAAGAAGCGCCUGGGCCGGAAUCAGGUGAUGAAGCGGAAAGAACAGCUUACCAAAAUCUUUGAAGCCUCCCUAGAUCUCAUGAAGGAUUGUGAAACAAGGGUUGGGGGUCACUUCAGGAUCAAGCGAUUGCCAGAACUGGGACCUUCGUACCAGUGCGGUAGCUCCUACAUGAUUUUUCACACCUCCAACGGCAACGAAGUAGAUGAGAGGGAUUUCAAGGGACGUAAAAUAUUACUUGUCGCACAGCCGGCUAUCAUGUAUACUGAUAGUGCGCCUAGCGAAGCAGAUUCGGACUACAAGUCCAUGACCACCAUCAUUUCCAAGGCUAUCGUUGUGCUGGACAAAGGGGACGAGGCCACAAAGAGUACCAGAGUUGAAAGAAGACUUAUCAGGCGAGAUACAUGUUUUGAAGAGGGGGACGUCUUUGUGAACACGUCGGAGAUGUUCUGA